CAGCUCUGUGUUGUUGCACGCCCUCCCGCUAACGCUGUGUCUAAAUAUACAAACCGCUUCCAAGUCAGCCCCUUGACAGAGCACUUUACGAUUCUUGGAGAGUGGCACUGUCUGCUGAGGCGUAACGUUUUGAAAGCUCAGCAAACACCGCAGAGAGCGGGGAUGAGUUAAGGGGUCUACAAAGGAGAGAACAGACGGUUUUGAAAGUGGGAAACAAAACCAGUGAAAAGUUUUGCCCUCCAAAGAACCAGUGGAGUAGCUACACCGUGGCCAUUCAACUCCGAACUCCGAGGCUCUAUGGUAUAAAGCCCAUCCUUAGAUUCAGCUGGAGAUUGCUUCCGAGGAGCUCCUGACGCCAUUUUCCACAGUCUGAGGAGAACCAGGAAGCAGCCGGCAGGAGACAUGCCUGCCCUGGCCACCGGAGCCGGCCACGAGCCAGGUCUGUAUGAGCUGCUGGCGGCCCUGCCAUCCCAGCUGCAACCUCAUGUCAACUGCUCUGAGGACAACACCUUCCUUCAGGAUAUGUUUGGAGAGAGAAGUCUCCACUCACUUGUUAAGAUUCACGAACGGCUGCAGCACUAUGAAGAGAGCAAGCCCGUCCCCAUCCUGGAAGGAGCUGCUCCUCUGGCACGUGUCGUGUCUGAUGAGCUGGAAGGCAAAUCAGCCAGUCAGGAUGUCAAAGAGCUUCUUAAACUGCUGGCAAACCCACAUGUAAAGAGCCUCCUGUCUGUCCACGAUGCAGUUGCCCAAAAGAAGUAUGACCCAGAACUACCUCCGCUGCCUGAAGACAUCGAUGAUGAUGAAGAUUCUGUGAAAAUCAUAAGAUUGGUCAAGAACAAGGAGCCACUGGGAGCAACAAUAAGACGUGAUGAGAGCACAGGUGCCAUCAUUGUGGCCCGGAUCAUGAAGGGAGGGCCAGCUGACAGAAGUGGCUUAAUUCAUGUAGGGGAUGAACUGAAGGAGGUCAAUGGAAUCCCUGUGGACGACAAGAAACCAGAGGAAAUCAUUCGUAUUCUGGCACAGUCACAAGGAGCCAUUACCUUUAAAGUUGUCCCUGGUGCAAAGGAAGAGGCAUCUAUCAAGGAGCCACAGAUGUUUGUGAAGGCGCUCUUUGACUACGACCCAAAAGAUGACAACACCAUCCCAUGUAAGGAAGCUGGUUUGGCCUUCAAGAAGGGUUGCAUCCUACAGAUCAUGAGCCAAGAUGAUGCAACCUGGUGGCAGGCCAAACACGAGGGUGACACAAAUCCACGUGCUGGCUUAAUACCAUCCAAACAGUUCCAGGAGAGGAGACUUGCAUUUCAGCGACCUGUUACGACUGUUUCGUCCCUGAGGAGCUCUACUAGACGAUCAUAUGAUGUGACAGUAGAGUUUGCUGAAGAGAUUGAAGAGGAUGCUGAUUAUAGUGGUGGAUUUCACCUAGCUGGGUUCAGGAGAAGCUUUCGUCUCAGCAGGAGAGACAGAAAGACUACCAAGUCCAUGUACGAGGCGAAGAAGAGUGAAAUGUACGACAUGGCUGACGUGCCCACGUACGAGGAAGUCAUCCCGUACCGCAGGCAAAGGGGAGACAAACACAGGCUGGUGGUCCUAGUAGGACCCACGGGUGUCGGCUUGAGUGAACUGAAGAAGAAACUGUUGAUCUCUGACCCCCAGCACUUCAGUGUGACCAUUCCACACACCAGUCGGCCCAAGAAGAACCAGGAGACCGAUGGUGUGGAUUACCACUUCAUCUCCAAACAGCUCUUUGAUACGGACAUUCACAACAACAAGUUCAUUGAGUAUGGCGAGUACAAAGGGAAUUACUACGGCACAAGUUUGGACUCGAUACGCUCAAUCCUCUCAAAGAAAAAAGUGUGCCUGCUGGAUGUCCAGCCUCAUCUAAUAAAGCAUCUUCGAACAGCAGAGUUUAAACCUUUCGUCGUGUUCGUGAAGCCCCCGACCGUCGACAGACUGAGAGAGACCAGAAAGAAAACCCAAAUUAUAUCAGGCAAAGACGACAAGGACUCCACCAAACCCUUCACGGAGGAAGACUUUCAGGAGAUGGUGAACACGGCCCAGACAAUGGAGACUCAGUACAGCCAUCUCUUUGAGAUGGUUAUAGUCAACGAUGACCUCGAUGUUGCCUUCAGUGAGCUGCAGUUGGCACUAAAGAAAGUGGAGACAGAGACACACUGGAUUCCAGUCAGCUGGACUCACUCCUGAGAGACAUACUGACUGUAAAAGGAGAAAAGGGAAGCGCUUUGACAAAAAUAUGCAGGUUUUCUAUCUUUUAAAAAAAAUAUUUGCCACGGACGGUGUUGGGAAGUAAAUCAGGAAUAAAACAGUGCCUGGCUGCUGUGUCGCCAUACCUGAACUGCAUCGAGCUAAAAAUAAGCUUCUGCCUGGGAUCAGGUUGGAUUUAGACCUCAGCUGUGGUCUGGAAGCUCCAGGUCUGACCAGAUGUGAUCGGGUUGUGGCUGCAGGCUUCUUUCCAGAAUCUAAGACUUGGAAAUUGAUCAGGGUCUCAGUCUGGGUCACACAACCAUGGCCACAACUUGGAGCUCCUUGGUCCAAACCGGAAUGUGGAGCGAGCUUGGACCACCGUAGCACCAGCAGUCCUGCCAGCACAUCAGUAAUCCGGCCAAACAGGACUCCUUUAGUGGUUUUAUAACAUUAGACCAUUAGAAACCAAAGGGAUUGAUGUAUUUCUUCUUCGUGGACAACUUACAUGUGUUUGUCUGUAAUAGAGCACAGCACCAGGGAAAAGAGGAGAAAGGAAAACAUACUUGCCUUCUGUCUUACUAGACUUUUGUACAUCUAAACUCUUCCAUGACUGUUAUUCCAAGCAAAACACUGUCAGGUACACUUUUGAGAAAGGGCAAUAAGUGUAGUUUUAUUUAAAAGAAAUUAAUAUAUUUUCUAAUAUCUGCUUGUAGUCCUUUUUAUGCAUUUUAUAUACAUUUAUGACGUUAACAUGAUCUUAGCUGUAGCCAUCUCUGUGACAGCCUCUUUUUACUAGAAGCAUUUUUUUCUCUCAAUCUAUCAUUUUUUUGUUCAUCACCCCAGUUUUGUUUUUUGGCUCUGUCAGCUCUAUUUGGCUUUAUUUGGCUCUAUUAUCACCACUGCUACAAUUCUCCUAGCUCCAGAUUUUGCUCUCUUGUUGAUUCUGGGACAAGCUGAGGUCCUUUAAAUUAAGGGGAGACUAUAAUUCCAGCUACAUUUUUAUUCACCAGAAUUCACAAAAAAAACAUAUUUAUUGAUUUAUGCGUUGUGCUGUUGUGUUUUUUUAACUUCCUGCUCCUUAAAAGUAUACUUUCUUCUGAUUGGUUUCCCCUCACUUAGCCUCUGCAAACUGAAACUAGUGCUCGUAAGCACUGCCUCCCAGAGAUGGCCUCAAUAUUUUGCAUAUUUAGCAGUGUUUAAUAUCUGCUUAGUAUAUGACAAAAUACAAGCAAAUGGUUAAGUUGUCCUCUGUACAUGGAGGUAGAGCGCUAGGAUAGUUGGAGAUUGGAAACAAUUAGGAGGAGCUAGCCUAUGUCUGCUAGUCUUUCUGAACUUGUGAUUUUAGUAUAUUGUUCAUCCCUAUUAAUAACAGUUAGUUCAUAUUGAAAACAUUUUGAAUUCAUCACUUACUUUUUGUGCUUGCUCAGCUGAUUGCCUCCAAUCUCUAGCUGCAUUUAAAACUCUAAGAGUGCUAUCAGUCUUUCAAAGUCUCAGUAAAAAAAAAAAAGCAUUAAGCAUAUUAUCCAAACUGUCUAAAUGAUUCCUUAAACUCUAUAUUUAUUCUUUUUUCUGUACUCUAAGAAUACUCUCUUACACUGCUGAACGUCCAGCUCAGGUUGUAUUUUUCCAAAUUGUGCAUCAUUUAUUUCGCCCUUUCCACCAACUGUGAUAUAUACAAACUAGAUUUGUGUCCUUUUUUUAAGUGUAAACAUGAAUGGUUAUACUGCUCUGAUGUAAUACAAUUUAAUGUCUUUAACACUCUUGUCUGCUUUACUUUGUCCCAACAUUUUUUGUCUUUUUGUUUAUUCUGUUUUUCUACCCCCCCCCCCCCCCACCCCCCUGCUGCCCAUCUUACAGAUCAAAGUCACAUUUGUACAGUCUCCAGAAAAUACCUUUUUAAUGUCUCCCUGUAAAUGAUAUACUGUUUAAGUGGCACAUUGUAUGAAUUUACAUUAUUCUUGAUAACUGCUGCAUUUUUUUAUUAAAGAAAAUACGACUAAACUUGUAA